CACAGUGAGAGGACAAGGAAGAAUAAACCAUGGCAUUUUACCGCUCUGAUCACAAGACAUGGGAUAUCACAGAAAAUCAAGAAACUGCCCACUGACCACCACAACUGUCGAAAGUUUCUGGAAAUAAAAAAGGCAUUUUGGAAUAUCUUCAUGACAAAACAAACUGACCAGGAACAAUGAGCGCCGAGGAAGAAUGCUUCCCCACGGGUGCCCAGGAAGCGAUUCCAGAGGAAGUGUCUACAAGAAUCAACUUCCAAGUGCGGUUUGUUCUAGGAGCGAUAUUUUCUGAGUACAAAGACAAACAUAUCAAGAAAAGAGACAUCAUCAAACUGGGCAACGAUUUAUUGGAACGUGGUGUUCUCACUAUAGAACGAUCAGAUUGGGAAUCGUUAAAAAAGAAGGAUAAAUUAGAUAUUCUCUCUCAAAUAUUCAACGUUCCACGUAACCUUCGGGAAACCUUUACGACCCGAGAUAUUUGUAUGAAAUGGGUUUAUGAUUUAAGUCGUUCUCAUCACAAGGAGUUUCUUCAGAGAGAGACUGAAUAUAUACUUGAGAGACUCUGUGACGUAAGGACAGCUCACCGUGUAUCAGAACAAUGGUGUGUAGACAACAAUUUUAAAACCGAGGACAGCUCCGAUGUCUUGGACAAUAUUUGCAAGGCAUUAGGAAAAUCAGAUAUCAAGGAAUCUGUGACGAAAUAUAUAAAAGAUGAACUGAAGCAGAGGGGAAAAGAAUUUGAUAAAUUUCAACAAAAAGAAUGGAUAUCUGCAGCUAUUGACAGCCCCGAGGCUAUCACCUGGAAUCCACUUCUGUUUGAUGUAUGUGCCACCAAAUUUGACACCGUGAUACAAAUUAUUGCUUAUAUGGCAUUACCUACGAACAGGGAUGUUCCGGUCAUGUGUGAGUGCCGAAUAUAUCCGCAGACGAACUAUCGAGCAGCUAAACGUAUUUCUGCAACAACAUUCAUACGAAAGAAGUUUGAAACAUACGUAGGUGCAGUACAAGGAACAGCAAUACUUGGUGUAUCCAAGGAGAUCGAUGUUUUCAACGGAAUCUUAGAUACCAUGGGGAAAAUGGAGACUGUAGACAGAAGAGAACUAGAGAACAGUAUCAAAGAAAUACGAGAGCAUUUCAAGAAUAUAAAUAUAGAUCAUAUGAAAGUUAUUUCCGAAAACGAGAGAAUGCAUCAGGACUUGCAAGAAGCCGAGAUUAACAACAGGAAAUUGUUAGAGGAAAAAGAGGAACUCUUGCGUCAACUCAAAUCUAAAGCGCAAAAGGAUGUAGAUGAUAUUGCAAUUCUUGAAAGAGAAACUAAUGAGUUGAAAAGCCGCAAUAAAAAAUUAACAACAAAAAAUACAAACCUAAAGGAGAGUGUAAAAGAAAAUGAGAGGAAAAUUCAAGAGAAAAAUAGAGAAAUAGAUAAACAAAGUAAGCGAAUUGACGAAUUAGAGAGAAAAAUGAAUUCAAUAUUGACAGAUGCAAAUAGAAGUGGUAGAUCAAGCGUUAAUCGAAGUUACUAUGUACAACCCACUCCCAAUGGCUCUCUCAGAUCCGAGACUCAUAAAUAGACUGUUUUGUUAAUGAUUGAUUUAUAGUCAUUGCUAUUAUACUGUAUGUACUGUGUUAUCAUGAUCAAAUAUGUGUAAAUGAUAGAGUUCUGUAAACGUAGCGAAUACAUUACUGACGUUUUUAUCAAUGUCUGCCAAAAACAUGCAUGUAGAAUAACAAAACGUGGUAUUUUCACCUGAUAGUUCAGAACAGUGCAUUGAUUAAAAUAACGAAUGACACUUGGAUUGACAAUACAGUAUAUAUUCCCUGGAACCCCAUAUAUAGUUAUUGCAGUUACUUUAAUGGUCUAGAGUUAACUGUCAAUACACUGCUAUGACAUUAAUACUGGAGCAGGAAAGGAGAACAUAUUUGGAAUACUUUUCUUUUAAUUUCAGCUAUAUUUCCAUUCAUAAUACUGUCUUUAACUAAUUUUCAAUCUAAAGUUAAAUAUGAGUACAUGAUAAAUUACUCCACUGACAACAAAAAGUUUGGUCCAAACAUAAGGUCUACAAUCGUGAAAAAAUAAAUAUUUAUUGGUACAAU